GACGCAGACCGUUCAGACAGGCUGAGGGACAAGAUGAGGAGGAGGAUCGAGUCCAGGGACCACUGGUUCUCUCUUGAAUUCUUUCCCCCUCGGACGGCCCCGGGUGCAGUCAAUCUCAUCUCGAGGUGCGCAAGUCAAUUCCUAAUUCUGUAUCAAUAUUGUCCGAUUACAACAAAGCUAUUUUCAUAUGGAGAACGUUUUGAGAGCCAACGGUCCCCAUCUAUCCAUCCAUUUUCUAUACCGCUUUAUGAGCCCAUGAAUAAAUUCACUGUGCAGAGCUGCAGAUGAGUUCAAGUACUAGGUACCAUUGUAACAUUCUUAACAGUCAUAGGGCGUAAAAAAACAAGUUAAUAACCACUGUUCAUAAUAUUAAAACAAAAACAACUCUUGACAUUCAUGACAAGUGUGUAAUGUGAAGGGGAAUUGUGUCACAGAUGUGUUGCAUUAGUGUAAUAAGACGCUAACAACAUAUUUGGUGACAGUGGAGUCUUCUCUGAUUGUGAGUCUCUGACAUCAUGUAACUUCCCCUGUACAGGCGGUUCUUGGUUUACGGUGUAGUUCCGCUCCUAUGCAGUGCCGUAUCCCGAAUUUGUACCUUAGAACGCCACAUAGUCUAUCACUAAUCUACGAUAACGCAGUAGUAAAGUCAUAAUUUCAGUACAGUGAACAGUACAGUGGUUGUUAUUUGGAGUUAGAGAGUUUUCGCUAAUCUAGAGCAGGAGGUCAAACCUAUUUCUGUUCACGGCCACAUUCACCCAAAUUUGAUCUCAAGUGGGCUGGACCAGUAUAUCUGUGGCCUAAUAAGGCAUAAAUAACAACAAUUCAAAUUUUCACCCUUUUUUGAUGCAAAUAAUUGCAACUAUAUUUGGGAAAAUAGUCACAUUUGUUGAUUAUUAUCUUAUCAAAUCAUAUGAGCAAUUUCUAAUGUCAUAACAAAAAUAAGUGUGAUUUCAACAUUUCAAUCAGUGUUUUCAUUUAGACAUGCAACUAACACAUCACAGUUGAUCUAUGAAGUAUAUGGACCUUUUUAUAAAACUGAUUUAGAAAUCACUUUAAAUUUACAUAAAUGUCCACUACUGUCUGAAAAUCAUGAAAACAUUAACUGAUUCAUCACGCCAUACAAAAUAAUGUGGGAACUUUUCAGAAUUAGUGGUUAUCCCCCUGCCUUUUAAAUGUAUACAUAAAAAUAGUCAUGGCAGUGCAUGAAAACAUAAAAGAGUUCCACCAAACCAACCUCUUUUUAACUGAAGCUGUUGACUCAUAAUUUGGAAUAUUUAGUCUCUUAAAAUAUUUGUACAGGAGGUAUUCAUUUUCACAGAACUGUGUUUUACACAGUGCCAGGGUGGCACGGCAUUUGAUAUGAAGUAGGUGUCAUGAUCCAUGCCCUGCAGAUCCUCUUUUGGAGCUUGGGUGGCGCCAUGUGCCUUGUCUCUCCCUCUCCCCCUCUGUCUCCCUACCAAUCAACAGCACUGAUUACUACCUGCAUUUAAAGCCCAUCAAGUUCUACAGCCUUCGCCUGAGUAUUGAUGCUUGUUUCUGACUCACCGGCCGACUCUCAUACUCCCAGGUUUUUGUGAUACGAUAGUAUUAUCCUACUACCCGCUAGUGAUGGGACGAACAACACUGGUGCGUCCGCACUGUGUCGAGUGCACAGGAGUGAAACCCCGUAUUAAUGCGUGUAUCGCUUGAAGAAAAAAAAAAAAAUCAUGUGACCAAUACAGGAAGUGUGUCGUUUGGAUGUGCUGCGCCAAAUUGUGUUCAUAAGGAAACAAACUGUGUCCACAUGUUGCGGAUUUGUUGGAUGGAGUUUUGCUGGUGCUGUUGUAUUUUGGAGUUUUGCUUGCCCUCACCUUGUUCCACUAACUUCAUGGAUUGUUCCAAGAAGUUUUCCGCAGUCUGGAAUAAUUUUGAUCUUUUGACGCCAAAUAAGAGAUGUCUUACAUCAAUAAGAGCACUUCAUCAAUGCUGAGGCAUUAUAGAGCUCGGCAUGGCAAUGAAGAAUUGGCAGAUAGUCGUGUGAGUACCCCAGUUCCUAACAAGCAAGCAGUGGAUGAGGCUGUGGUCAACAUGAUCAUUAAAGACUGUCAGCCACUCACCAUUGUUGAAAAUGAGGGUUUCAGGGAGCUCCUGAAGCUUAUCAAACGCUUCUCAAAAAACACUCAGCAAAUAAAUUGAGUAAAUGAAAUUAUACAAUGAUGAGAUCAUAUGUUAAAGGAUUAGCGAGUAAAUAUUAUUUCACAGGCUGAUGUUGGGUUUGCAGCAUGUAAGCUUUUCCAUCUUAUUUUCAUUUUGUUUACCUGCAAUGAUCACUAUUGAGUGACCAACACAGUGUCAAUACAGUGCCGACACAGUUUGUGUAGUGUGUCAAUACACUCCUUCAGGUAUCAUCAUCCCGUCACACCAACCCGCAUCUGUACUCACCCGAUUGUGUUCUUCCCCGUCUCCAGUGUUCCUUGCAUGCCCUCCCCGUCUCGCUGUCCGCACCAGCCACGGCGCCAAGCCACACCACCUACUCACGUUCCCGCUUACUGCUCGCUCCUUGUUCCCGACGACCCACACCUCGCCUUGGUUAUCCUUACCCUGUGACAACCUACAAUAACCCAUUCUUCAUCUACUCCCGCCGGCUCAGUCUGCUCUUGCGUCCAAUUCACAUCCCACUACGCUCCGUGACAGAAUACUCAGGCCAUGACGGACCCAGCAACUACCAAAACGUUGAGGGAAGCGCUCGCCGUUAGGGCGCGCACAUCGGCAGACAAGACCAAGCCCUCCGUGAGACCAUGGACUCAUUAAAUACCCUUACACCAAAAGCAUCCCUACUGUCCUCUCAGAGGCACUUCAGCAAUCCUCCCAUGAGUAUUCCUCCCGAGCCCGCAUCCUUCGACCAACCCCGUCUGCCGUACAAAGAGCCGCACGUUCCUCCUCCCGAACCUUACUCCGGGGAUUUAGGUUUAUGUAGCCAAUUUUUAUUAAGCUGUACUUUAGCAUUCAACCUCCAACCGCUGAGCUAUCCCACCGACACAUCUAAGAUCACGUUUGUCAUUAGCCUCCUGCACGGAAGAGCUGCCAAAUGGGCUACUGCGCUUUGGUAUAAUUCCUCUCCGGUACUCACCUCACUAGAUUCCUUUAUGCCAGAACUCAAAAACGUUUUCGAUCACCCUGUUAAGGGUAAGGAAGCCACUCUGCAUCUCCUAGCUCUCACCCAAGGUUCGAGUUCCGUAGCAUCCUACACCCAUCGAUUUCCGGAUACUCGUGAGUGAAUGCGGGUGGGACAACGCAGCGCUAAGGGGAAUUUUUUUACAGGGGCUAUCAGAACAACUUAAGGACGAGCUCGCGACCGGGGACGAACCCACCUCCCUCGAGAACCUGAUUGCGCUAGCUAUUAAACUUGACUACCGCCUCUGAGAGAGAGCUCGCGAGAGAGAGGCUCAGAAGACUCACCCGGAACCCAACACUGGACCUCCCAACCGACUGUUCAUAUCCAAUUCCGCAGUGGGCCCACAACUCCAAGCUCACCUGUCAUCCCAGCAUCACCCGCACCAUCCAGCAACACUUCUGGUGGCCCAGUCUAGCCAAGGACACCCGUGAGUUUGUACUACCCUCCUCUGUCUGUGCGGUAAGGCUUCUCAUCAGCUUACCCAUUCCGAGCCGCCCUUGGUCCUACAUCUCCCCCGACUUCGUCACCGGCCUACCUCCAUCUGAAGGUAACACCAUCAUCAUCACCAUUAUUGACCGGUUCUCCAAGUAGAAGAAGAAGAAGAAGAAUCAUCUUUUAAGUAUGUUCACCAUGUACCACUUCCCAAAUUGCCCACUGCCUUUGAGACUGCUAACCUUCUUGUCCUCCACGUGUUCAGAGUUCAUGGUAUCCCUGUUGACAUUGUAUCGAACAGGGGUCCUCAGUUCUCAUCCCAGGUCUGGAAAGAGUUCUGUAAGGCGGAGGGCGCAGCAGCCAGUUUGUUUUCCGGCUACCACCCCCAAACCAAUGGGCAAAUCAAAACCUGGAAUCCGCUCUUCACUGCGUCACUGCUCGCCAUCCUGCCUCCUGAGGCACCUUCCUCCUGUGGAUUGAAUAUGCCCACAACUCCCUCACCAGCUCUGCCACAGUUAUGUCCCCUUUCAUGGCACGUUACGGUUUCUAACCUCCUUUAAGGACCAGGCGCAUUCUGUGGCGGUUCCCGCGGUGAGGGAGCAUCUCCAAUGGGUCCAGUCUGUGUGGAAAGACGUCAGGGCUGUUUUAACUCUGUCGGUGGAGAAGAAUCUGAUCUCCAUCGCUCCCCUACACCUGUAUACAAGGUGGGUCAGAUGGUGUGGCUCUCCUCCCGGGAUCUCCCUCUCCAAACCGAGUCAUAUAAGCUCACGCCGCAGUUCAUUGGACCUUUUCCGGUCACCAAAGUCAUCAAUUCCACCUCUGUACAGUUGAAGCUGCCCCAGUCUCUCAAGAUCCAUCCCACGUUUCAUGUCUCAGCUCAAGCCUGUCUCUACCAGUGCUCUUAGCCCUCCGGCCGUACCCCCUCCGCCCCCCUGUGUCAUCUACAACCAUCCUGCCUCUCGGUAUCACGCAUCCUGGAUGUACGACCCCGGGGAAGGGGGUUUCAGUUCCUCGUGGACUGGGAGGGUUCUGGUCCGGAGGAGCGUUCCUCGAUUUCACGUAAUCUGAUUUUGGAUGACUCUCUCAUUAGGGACUUCUAUCCCGCUCACCCUGGUAGGACGCCUGGAGGCGUCCAUUGAGAGGGGGUUACUGUCAUGAUCCACGCCCUUCAGUUCUUCUUUUGAAGCAUGGGUGGCGCUGUGUGCCUUGUCUCUCUUUCUCCCUCGCAAUCAGCAGCACCUGUCUUCAAGCAGCACCGAUUACCACCUGCAUUUAAAGCCCGUCAAGUUCUACAGCCUUCGCCUAAAUUUGACCGUAUGGGCUCUGGAGGGCCACUCUUCAUCGACAUUACGUGGCAUCCGGCUGGAGAUCCGGGUUCAGACAAGGAAACUUCGUCCAUGAUGAUUGCCAGCACAGCAGUCAACUAUUGUGGCCUAGAGAGCAUCCUCCACCUAACGUGCUGCAACCAGACCAAAGACAACAUCACUGGCUACCUGGGCAAAGCGAAGCACCUGGGCCUGAAAAACAUCAUGGCUCUCAGAGGAGACCCAAUGGGUGCAGAUUGGGAGGAAGAGGAAGGAUGCUUCAACUAUGCUAUUGAACUUGUAAAACACAUCCGAUCAGAGUUCGAUGAUUACUUUGACAUAUGUGUAGCAGGUUAUCCCACUGGCCACCCUGAGGCAGACAGCUAUGAGGAAGAUGUGCGACACCUGAAGGAGAAGGUGGAUGCCGGAGCAAACUUCGUUAUCACGCAGCUCUUCUUUAGGGCAGAAACGUAUCUUAAAUUUCUCGAUGACUGUCGAGCAGUUGGGAUCACAUGUCCCAUCCUUCCUGGGAUCUUCCCCAUUCAGGGCUACCAAUCUCUACGUCAGCUUGUCAAGCUGUCAAAACUGGAGGUGCCGGAAGAGAUCAUGAAAGUCAUCGAGCCCAUCAAAGACAAUGACGCGGCCAUUCGUAACUACGGAAUCCAACUAGCGGUGGAGAUGUGCAAAGUGCUGCUGCAAAGUGGCAAGGUGCCCGGCCUGCACUUCUACACUCUAAAUCGAGAGGUCGCCACCAUGGAAGUCCUCCGGCAGCUCGGCCUGUGGAUAGAGGACCCCAGACGGCCUCUUCCCUGGGCAGUGAGUGCGCAUCCCAAACGAAAGGUCGAGGACGUGCGACCCAUUUUCUGGGCAUCCAGGCCCAAGAGCUACAUCUACAGGACCCAGGACUGGGAUGAGUUCCCAAAUGGCAGAUGGGGUAACUCCUCAUCUCCAGCUUUUGGUGAGUUAAAUGAUUACUACUUGUUCUACUUGAAGAGCAAGUCAUCCAAAAAUGCCCUGCUGGAGAUGUGGGGAGAGGAGCUGAAGAAUGAGGAGAGUGUCUUUGAGGUCUUUACCUGCUACAUCACAGCUCAGCCAAAUCGCAAUGGACACAAGGUGAUGUGCAUGCCGUGGAAUGAUGAGCCUCUGGCCCAAGAAACCAACCUACUGAAGGACGAACUGGAGAAAGUGAACAGACGAGGCGUGCUCACAAUCAACUCCCAGCCCAACAUCAACGGCAAGCCCUCCGCAGACCCGAUCGUGGGCUGGGGCCCCCCUGGAGGCUACGUCUUUCAGAAGGCCUAUCUGGAGUUCUUCACAUCCAGUGAAAACGUGUCUGCUCUCCUCGAAGUACUGAAGAAGUAUGAACCCCGUGUCAACUACCACAUUGUUAAUGUGCACGGCCAGAACCUUACCAACGCUCCUGACAUGCAACCUAAUGCUGUGACGUGGGGGAUAUUCCCUGGCAGAGAGAUUGUUCAGCCCACCAUUGUGGACCCAGUCAGCUUUAUGUUCUGGAAGGAUGAGGCCUUUGCCUUGUGGAUUGAGCAGUGGGCCAAACUGUACGAAGAUGAGUCACCUUCUCGGAUGAUCAUCAAAUACAUCCAUGACAACUACUUCCUGGUGAAUCUGGUGGACAAUGACUUCCCAUUGGACAACUGCCUGUGGCAGGUGAUCGAUGACAUGUUUGAACAGCUGGAUGCUUCUCCACAGUCACCACCCCAUGAACUAUCAUCAUAGUCUUGACGCUAAUGUGUUUUUACAGUAGGACAAAAAAGCACCACUAAAACUAUUUUGGAAUGCUGCUAUUGGAAAGAAAAUGUUUACUUCACAAUAUUUUUUAGUCAGUUUUCUUUUGUACUUUUAGGAUUUUAGUCAGAAAGACAGAAAAUGAAAAACUUUAUAAUGUCAUAUAAUAUUAUAACUGUAUUUCUUUCAUCCAUGAGAGCCAUAUGUUACUCCAACUAUUAUAUACUAUGUCCACACUGGAGGAUAUAUUGUCCCCCCCCCAAUGUGACAUGUAUCUGAUUUUUUUCAUGUCAAUGUAAACAGUACAGUUACAUUUUUUAUUUUUUAUCUCUGACCCAGGCUUCUUUUAUAUUUGGAUAUAAAUGAGAUAUGUAUCAGAUGCGAGUGCAGUCUGGACGCGUGAGUCGUGCUCAUGCGACCUAUAUUAUUUGUUUUUAUAAUAAUGACUACAUGAAUUUUACAAAACAUAUGAAUUGGGCAUCAUGUCUUGCUGUGUAAAUGUAGCCUCUGUUUGUUUUUAGUUGUUUUUUGGGAGUUUACAUUUGCUGAGCUCAAUUUUUUAACUGUGCAUUUUAAAUGACUGUCAAAUGUGUUUUUAAUAGCAAUUAUACAAAAGUGUGCAAGCAUCUAUGACGUAAGUGUAUUAAAGUUAGAAAACUUUUUAAAGUA